CAGAAACGUGGCUGCCGAUUCACGACAACGGCCUCUCCGACCAGAACCAUAUAUUUGUUCACAUUUAUACACCAGUGCGGGCUGCACUGGAAGCAAGAGUUUGACUUCCUGAGACAAAUCAACAUAAGGCAAGACGCUCAAGAAAGGACAGUGGAGAAUUUAUCCACAUCCACUAUCCAAGGUCCUUCCACCUCAACCUCCGUGUCAGUUUUUGAGAGCAAUACCAAAGUAACAUCUGCACCAGGAGAAUCGCCACGAACAUUGAAAACGAGUACAAUAUCUGGCACAGAGGGCAUAACUGAAUCAGUGCCUUUGCCACAAUCUCAUGGAGAGAUCAGUGUAUCUAAUACAUAUGACCAACCAGAAUCAGCAACAGUAGGCAAUCAAUCGCCACUAUCCACUCAGUCAAGAUCAUCCUCUGUAUCAGUACCUGUCAGCAAAAUAGGGGAAAUGGAAAGUCCACUUUCAUUUUACCAAUCAAAUGGUCAGAACCAGGUAUCUCAUGCAGAAUAUAUGCCUGGAUCAGUGGUAUCACCAAGUGUAGAGAUUCCUUCAUCUGAUGCAGAAGUCAUAACUAAACCAGUACCACGUACUGAAGACAUAUCCGCACAAGUACUAACUACUGGUGCAGACUUGACCAAGAUCCAUGAAAUACAAAAAACAGUAGGCAAUGAAUUGCCACUAUCUACGCCAUCAAGAUCAUCCACUGUACAAGUCACUGUCAGCAAAAUGGAGGAAAUAACAAGUCCAUGUUCAUUGUACUCAUCAAAAGAUGAGGUCAAUGUAACUAAUGCAGAAGUUAUACCUGGAUCAGUGGUAUCACCAUGUGUAAAGAUUCCUUCAUCUGAUACUGAAAACAAAGCUAAACCAGUACCAAGUACAGAAGACAUAUCCACGCCAGUGCUAACUCCCUGUGCAGAUUUGACCAGCAUCAGUGAAAGACAUGAUACAGCUGGCAAUGAAACAACGAUAUCCACUCAAUCAAAAGAAUCCACUCUAUCGGUCACGGUCAGCAAAAUGGGGGAAAAGUCAAGUCCACUUUCAUUGUACCAUUCACAUGGCGAGGUCCAUAUAGCUCAUGCAGAAGAUCUGCCUGAAUCAGUAGUAUCAUCAUGUGUUGGGAUUCCUUCCUCUGGUAAUGAAGACCUCUCUAAACCAGUACCAAGUACAGAAGUCUUACCAACACCGGUACCAACUACCUGUGCAGACUUGACCAAGAUCCAUGAAAGACAAGAAACAGUAGGCAAUGAAUCGCCAAUAUCCGCUCUAUCAAGAGCAUCCACUGUAUCAGUUAAUGUCAGCAAAAUGGCUGAAAUGGCAAGUCCACUUUCAUCGUACCAAUCACAUGAUGAGAUCAAUAUAUCUCAUGCAGAAGACACGCCUAGAUCAGUGGUAUCACCAUGCGUAAAAAUUCCUUCGUCUGAUAUAGAAGAUAUAUCUAAACCAGUACCAAGUACAGAAGACAUAUUUGGUUUAAGUUCCAUUACAGAAAAUAAAUCUUCAAUUAAAAAAGGGUCCGACAUCAUUAUCAAGAUCAACACAAGACAAGAAAACCAAGACACAUCCAGAUCUGAAUCCCCUAUGUCUGCUGUCUCAAAUGCAUCCACUCUAUCGGUCAUUGUGAGUGUAACAGAGGAAAUAUCAGGUCCAGCAACAUUACCGCAAUCACAUGGACAGAUCUCUGUGUCUGAUAUUCAGGGCAUGCAUGAACCAGUGAAAAACAUGUCCACAUUAGUGCCAAUUAGAGAAAACAUAGGUACUCAAUAUUCAGGUAACUCUGAUGAAAGUCCAGAAACUCAAUCAGAGACAGGAAAGAAUAUGUUGCAUGCAGAGAUUCAUGCAUCUGAUACAGAAGACAGAUCUGGACAGGCAAUGCCGGAUUCACAAGAAGAGAUCCAUGUGUCUGAAACCGAGAACCUCCCUGGACCAGAGUCUUUGUCGCCAUUACUUGGACAAGACAAAUUUGAACCAUCGGCACAUAAAUGUGAAGAGAUACAAAAUACAGCCGUAUCCCGCGUGGGAUUUACAGAAGAUACAUCAACUCCGCUGUCAAGUACAGUAGAAUUUGACUUUUCAAUUAAAAUAAACAAAAGACCAACAACAGCAGACAACUCUCCUUUAUCUGCUGCCUCAAGUGCACCUGCUGUAUCACUUACUUUGAACAUAAUGGGGGAAAUAUCAGGUUCUGGGUCAGUGCUGCAAUCACAUGGAGAAAUCACAACUGGACCAAUGCUUUUACCACAGGAAGACAUUUGUUCAGUUGAAGCUGCUACCCAAUCUGAACCAGUGCCAAAUGCAGAGAUAAUUAAAUUGCUAACACCAUCACAUGGAGAGGAUCUAUAUGGAUCAGUGGCAAUUACAGAGGAUGGACAAGUAAAGGAAAAUUAUGACUUAGGACCAUUGUCAAUGCCAAGAUCACAGGAAGGGAUUGCUGUAUUUGAUGCAAAAAGCCAAUCUGCACCUGUGUCACUGCCUAUAGAGUACACAUGUGCGACAUCAUCAUUGCCACAAUCAUCUCAAGAGAUCUAUAUUUCAGGACCAGGUCAAAAACAAAUUCAGAUCAGGGAAAUAGAAGACAAGUCUGUUGAACAUGACUUGUCUAUUAAGAUCAACAAAAGACAAGAAAUCAAACAAAUACAAGGGGAGGAUUCCCCUAUGCCUGCAAGUACAUCAAUUGUAUCAGUUACAUUGAACAAAACAGAGGAACUAUUAGGAACACGGUCAAUUAUGCCAUCAAAGGAAGAUAUCCAUGUAUCUGAUACACAGGCCACCUGCAGACCAGAACCAUCACUACAUGCAUACAUGGACAAAGAAGAUAUAGUUGAUAAUGACGUUUCGAUCAAGAUCAACAAAAGACAAGAACCCCAAGAAACAUUUGGAGCGGAAUCUCCAUUACCCAGUGUAUCAAGUUCCUCCACUUUAUCAGUCACUGUGAGCAAAACUGAAGAAAUAUCAGGGGCACAGUCACAUGAAGAAAUCUAUGUAUCUGAUAUAGACAAUAAGGGUAGACUCAGGGCCUCGCAACGUGAGGGGAUUGUUUUCCCUGAUAUAAAAGAUACAUAUCAACCAGUGGCCAAUAGAGAGGACAUACCGGGACAUGUGCAAAUUGUAGAAGACAUCUGCACUCCAAUGACUUGUCUAGAGUCAGAUAUUGUCAUUAAAAUCAACAAAAGACAAGAAAACCAAGAAGCAACAGGACAGGAAACCCCUAUGUCCAAUAUAAGUUCAUCCACUGUAUCAAUCACUGUUAGUAAAACAGAGGGACCACAAUCACACGAGGAGAUCCAUAUAUCUGAUACAGACAGCAUACCUAGAGUAGUGACAUCAUCGCAUGAAAAGAUUAUUUCAUUAGAUAAAGAAGAUAUAUCAGGUUCAGUGCCACAACCACAUCCAGGAAACAGAGCCGAACCAGUCCCAAGUGCAGACGUAUCCACUCCAGUAGUAAAUACCUAUGUGGAGUCUGACAUCCUUAUAAAGGUAAAUAAAACACAAGAAACCCAGGAAUCUCCCUCCACUAUAUCAAGUUCAUCAAUUGUAUCACUUGUUGUCAGCAAAACAGAAGAAAUAUCAGAACCAGCCUCAUUGCCACAUUCACAAGGAAACAUCAAUGUGUCCGAUACGCCGAACACACCAAGACCAUCACAUGGAGAAACACCUUUAUCUGUUCCAGUUGGUGUAUCAGAACGAGUACAAACCGCAGAUAAUAUAUCCAGACCAGUGCCAAAUACAAAGGACAUACCUACCCCAGUGCAACCCCCACACGGAGAAACUGUUACGCCUGAUGCAGUAGAUAUAUAUGAUGAAGUGCCAACUACCUCUGUAGAGUAUGACCUUUCAAUAAAAAUCAACCAAAGGUCAGAGACACAAGAAACUGUUGCAGUGGUAGAGUCUCCAUCAUACACUGUAUCUAGUUCAUUCACAUUAUCUGUCACCAGAGGAGCAGAGGAAAUGCCAAGACCAACGCCAUAUACUUGUGUAGAAUAUGACUUCAUGAUAAAAAUUGACCAAUCAGAAACUACAGCAGAGGACUAUCCUAUAUCCACCCUGUCAAGUUCAUCCAUGAUAUCAGUCAGUGUUAGCAAUACUGAGGACAUACCAAGACCUAUGCCACUGCGACAUUUACAUCAAGAGGUCCAGGUACCUGAUGUGAGUGCUGGACCAAUUAUAGAGGAAGUACCUGAACCAGAGCCAUCACCACGCAAAGAAAGUCCUGUGCCUGAGCCUAUACCAGAGCCAGAAGUGGAGCCUCCUGUUUCUGAUACAGAAGACCUAUCCAUAAAGGAAGAGAGUAGCUCAUCCGAUUCAGAGCCUAUGGAGGACAUACCAGUGCUGUCACCACACGGAGAGAUCGCUGUGUCUGACUCAGAAUCGUCGCUCAACAAUGAAAUUGCUGAGUCUGAUGAUGAAACAGAGGAGCCAUCACCAGAGCCCAUCGAAGAUAUAGAAGACUCAGAGGAAGAACCAGUUAUAUCACCUUUCCAAGAUUUUAGCCCAGUGCCCAUUAUAGAGGAAUUAUCGGAAUCAUCACCAUCACCAGACAUUGAACCUGAGAUUAUAGAACCAGAGGAACCACCAUACAAAGAUGCCGCCACAUCAACUUCACUGCCAGAUCUAGAUGAUACUGGCGACGAAUUGCCAAUGACACCGCCACCUGAAGAAAUACCACAGCCCCCACAAGAGUCCCUUUUACCUCCUCCUAUUCCGGAUUCCAAACCAAAGGUCUCAAUCAAGGAGCCCGCAAAACAGCUACGACUCCCUCCUAUCCCAAAAAAAGAUGCUGUACCAAAGAAAGAGGAGAAAAAAAAACCACUCCAGUCAAAGCCAAAGGUGGUGCUCCCACCUAUACCUGUCAAAGCUGCUUCUCAAAAAACAGUAAAAGUCAAAACGAAAGCGAUACAGACCAAUUUAAUGCCAAAGCCACAGUCUGUUACACGAAGACCAGAAAAGCUACUCCCACCUAUUCCUCAGAAAAGUGCGAAAUCAAAGACUGUUCGUAGUGAAUUAUCAAAGGAGGAGCACAAGGGACUACAGACCCACAAACAAAGAAUGCUUCCACCUAUCACGCACAGAUUAUCACAAAAACCAAGGGCAAAAGUCAUGCAUCACAAACCCAAACCUCCAGAAAAGAAAUUAGAAUCAAGUCGGUAUCCCAAUAUAAAAAAAUCUGAUUUCAAUGAAGUACGCGCUCCAUACAGGCCGAGAGGAGGAAUGAUUGUUGACCGAGAACUGAUGCCACUGCGAUGUAAGGGAGACACAGACAAAAGCAUAUUGGACUUUGGUGGUCGCAGGAAAGCAAAUUUGUCAGAGAUGAAAAGGACAAUCAGGUUCGCACAAGACUCUCUUGAGUCAUCUACAGUUCUAUGCCCAAACUGUGGGCAUAAUGCCUCUUUAAUUAAAUGCAAGCAUAAGGCAUUAAGAUAUGAAACUUGGGGUUCAUUCUCAGGGACCUAAUAUUGAAUGAUCCACUUUGCUCUCAUAGACCAAAACUAGACAAAUGUGCAAGAUGAGGCCUAUUGGCCACGAGCACUACCUGGUCAGCAGACUUCAGGUUAACAGGCUGGGGCCCGGUGCACCGCGAUGUGUGGUAGUGUGAUGACAAUUCCUUAUCGAGAGGGAGAGUAUGCUGCGUUUCACCACCUCCAGUCUCCAAUCAGUUGGAGUGAUACUCAAGUCUUGUAUCUUGGUGUCCAUCUGCAUAACUGGAAUGCUCAACACCAAGAAUAUCUCCCAGGGCUGGCUUGAGCCCUUUAAAUGUGUGCAAUUAAUAGAUAGACGCAAGCACCAUCUUUGAUGGUUUGGCAGGCUGCGAUGGACGCAUCACAGCUACAGAUGCUAACAGACUGAACGCGAUCAAAAAGGUCGAGUACGUGGUUGGGAUUGAGCGCAACCACAGAUUUAUUUAACCUCACUGUGUCAGUGAACUAUACAGAAGGUGAUUACUAUCAAAUACCUUUAGAUUUUAUUUUCACAUAGCUACCUCCAACAGGACCGCAAUUACCUGGACUACAUAAAGUCCCUAUAUUUUUGUACGUAAACAUUGCACAUUGCCAUGUGUAUUGUGACUGUUUUUUAUACUGCCUUUUUUUUUUAUGAAAAAUUUUACCUUUUGGGGCUUUUAAAAAUGUUGUGGUGCUUUGGAAUUUAAAUGUGAUAGCAUAUAUUUUUGCAUUAUUCUUUCUUGUUUGUAUGACUACAGUUCCA